UUUGCUAGUGUCUUUAAGUCGCUAGCCAUCAAAACAGGCUCGGGCGCGACCACAUGGAUGCGUACGGGAGCAUGAAUGCCAACGAAUGACACCCGCGGCACCGCAUUGAUGCGGUACGCACAACUAUGGCUGCCCCUCGCGGCUGCCCUCGACCUGCAGCUCGACCGCCUGGAGGAUCUCCACGCUACACUCGAAGCCCACGAGAAAGAAGAUGUACUGGAGAUGACGUGGCCAAAACAAAAGUGGAACUACAGCGACGCCGCUUCACAGAUAGACGCCUUCCUCGCGCCGCGCGCGGACUGGCGCGUCGUAACGGAGCCGUGGGGCCGCGACACGGUCCUACGCCUCGCGCGGCCGGCGGGGCCCCUCGCGGAACUGCGGGACGCCUUCGCGAAGGAGUGGCGCGUGCGCCAGUGGGCCGCGGGUAUUUGUGAGGAGGGCUUUAUCCAGGUCGCGGCUCCCACCGUACUGGGCCCGAACGCGCACCAGUGGGCCGACUCGCUGACGACGGCCUGGGCGCGCGGCCUCUCCAUAAUUCCGCGGUCUCUCAUGGGCUGGGCCUACGGCCCGCGCGACGGGUCCAGCGGGAGGCUCUGCGGCGGCGGGCGAAGUCAGGACCCCUUCGCGCCGGGCAACCGCUGGGACUGCCUCUUCCUGCCGCUGACGGUUUGCGAUGAGGAGCUGCGGCACUGGGACAACGAGCCGCGGCCGUUCGGCUUCGCGCGCAAGCAAGCCCGACCGUGCUCGCCGCGGCAUAACUUGCCCUGCAAUAGCGGGACUAUGAAGGUGAAGCAUCAAUCCGCUGGAACCGACCUACGGAAGGUCGCGGGCGACGACCACCUUUCUCUCAUACGGGCGAUGGCCAUGGCGGCGAUGCUCCGACCAAGUCGUUACCUGAGAAGGCGCCAGGCGGUUUUACGCCAGAGCCACCCUUUUCCUCUACCGAACGCGACCUGCGCCUUACUUCAAGUAAGGCACCACGCGCGUGUCGAGACCUCCGGCGGGUCCAAGUUCGCCUCGGCGUCGUUCAUGGUCGACCUCGAGGACGGCCUGCGCGACCUGGGGCCCCUCGUUGGAAUAGAUGGACGUACACUGAAGGAGACGCCCGUACUCUUGCUGACGGACGACGGGGACAUGGUCGGCGACGCCUCUCUGUUAAAUCCGGAAAUCGGGAAAGUCGUCCCGUUGCCGGCGUCGACGGGCAUGACGUCGUCCGCUCAACAAUUUUUCGGGAGUCGGAGCGGCCCCCACCAGAACCAGAUCCAUACCGACGGGGCGACGGAACUGGCGCGCAUUUUGUUGUCGUUGGACGUGGCGGCGCGCUGUGCCUCUGCCUUUGUCGGCGACUGCACGUCGAACUUCGCGCGCUUCGUUGUUACUUAUAUGACGGGCGUAUCUUUAAAAACGCCGUGGUCCUUCUCGCCGGGGCGGAACUGUUUUUCGGACAUGAAGACGGACGCGAAACUGAAUCGGCGCUGCGAGCGGCCGUGCCGCAUCAGCCCCGAGGUCUGCAAGGAGUUCGGCGAGCCGCCGCGGACCUGCCUACCUCCACCGCCGAAUCUGACGCAGCCGAUCUUCACCGGACCCGCGGGCGGCCGCUUCAAGCGCCUCGCGGCCGAGAAGGGCAUGGAGCGGCGACCAGCCGACUACAGACAUACAUAGUUA